CUGCACUGAUCCUGACGGGGGCGUCUCCUCUUCUUCACUAACUCAUCAUCAUCAUCAUCAUCAUCGGGGACUCCUCGGUACAGAUUCGGCCGUGUCUCCAGGAUCAGGUCUGACUCACCGACAUGCUGACCGGGCUGCGGACCGAGCCCCGGGGGGAGAACCGGACCGAGCCCCGGGGGGAGAACCGGACGGAGCCCCGGGGGGAGCCGGUGGUCCUGGACCCUGCAGCUCUGAGGCAGCAGAGGAGACUCAAACAGGCGAUCCAGUUCCUCCAUAAAGACUCAGCUGACCUGCUUCCUCUGGACGGACUCAAGAAGCUCGGCACGUCCAAACAGGGGCAGCCUCAUCACAUCCUGCAGAAGCGCCUGCUGGAGGCCAAACUGACCCGAGGACGGAUGAACCUGUGUGGAGUCACACCGAACAGCGGAGCACUGCUCCUGACAUGUUCCCAGUUUAAUUCACAUCAGGAUGAGGAGGAAGAGGAGGAGGAAGAUUUCAUCUAUGUGCCCUGCAAGUGUUUGGGACAGAAGGUGAAGCUGCUGAUUGACACAGGCUGCAGACUGAACCUGAUGUCGUCAGAGACUGUGCAGAGAUUAGGUUUGAAGGAUCUGGUGGAGGAGAACAAAGAGGAAACAGAUGGUUUCCCAUUUCAGAGGAAGCUUUGUAUGGACGGACACAUCAGGGAGCUCAGUCUGACUCUGGGCCAGCUCAGAAUAACGAGCUCCUUCACUGUCAUCGAAAGUAACAAACCUCUGAUGUCUCUGGGAAACAAGACGUUAAAGUCACUGAAGAGUGUGAUCGACACGGAGAGGCAGAUGUUGGUGUUUGGGACGACGGUCAGAGAACAACUACAGUUUGUCAAAAAGACGUUUAAUGAGAGCUCCUCUGACUUUAGGUACCUGUGAGCUCUCUGCAUCCCAACAACAACAACAACAACAACAACAACACAGUGACCAAAAGCAGCACAGUUAUUUAUCCUGACAGCUGGACGCCUCUCUGAGGAACUUCAGAUUCACCUGAUGAAUUCUCACUCUGCCUGUUUGUUUGUUUGUUUGUUUGUUUGCAGCAGUAAUGACUCAGACUCUGACCUCACAUACACAGCAGCAGCAGCAGCAGCAGCUGUUCUCACAGACACUUGUUCAUGUAGCAGUAACAUGUAGCCUCAUGUUGUAGCUCACUGCAGUCGGACGUGUCGUUCAGCUGGAACAUUACUGAUCAGAGGUGAUUUAUAGCUCUGUGUUUCUGAUUAAUAAAUAUUAUUCUGUCAGACACACAGUGGUGUUUAUGUGUCACUGGGGAGCGAAGGUUUUUACUUCCUGUGAGCUGUAGCUGAUACAUGUAGCACAACCUCCUGCAGACUGUUUCUCUGCUGUAUUUUAUAAUGUUGUCAAAGUGUUUUUUAGUCUAAAACGUGUCUUUGCAUCGAGGCCACUGCCUUUAACCUUCACAGAGAUGAUAACAGCACCUGUGAUGUGUUUUAUCCUGCGACUGUAACAAAGUGCAGCACUGAGUAUCAAAUAAAAUCAUGUCAAAGUUUC